ACCUAUAACAACCUUCAGUUGUUAUUUAUAUCUAUGUGUGUUUUUAUUAUACAAUAAGACCUGAAAUUCUAUAUUAUAAACUUUUAACGCCUCAAGAAAGCUAGAUCCUAAUAUUGAAAGAACUGAUAGGCAUUCCGAUAGACAUAUGACAGAACUGAUAGACAUUCCGAUAGACAAUUGAUAGAACUGAAAGACUUAGUCAAUCUUCUUGAAAUCAAGUUCCAUUUGAAAAACAAUUUAGUUCAAUAGCCACAUUAUCAUUAUGUAACAUUUUAGUCACUUUUAGUUUGAUGUUAGACUGAUAUAUGCAUGAUUUCUUCAGAUUUUCUCAAGAAUAUUUUGAGAUUUAACGCGGAAUCUUUCACUUCCGGUUGUCUGUAAUGCUAAGUUUUCCAGCAAUCUUUACAGUAUUCUACAGUAAAUCUGAAGUAAUCAUUAUUUCAAGGUUUUUAAGUAAGGUUUUUACCAUCAUUCUGUCAAUUUAACUUUUACUGUAGCAUAUGCUAUAGGCUGUUUUCAGAUCGAUUCUGCUCAAAAGUUGAGUGAGCGCCAUAUUUUGAAAUGUCUUUCGCUCACUUCAUUUGUGAAAGACAUAUGUCUUUCGCCCUCUAUCUGAUAAAAUAAGCAGUUCUACCAACCUUAAUUUGCAUGGAUAAAUUCCUUUUAUUCCAAAGCAUCCAUUUGUUUAAUGAUAGAUAACUUUCAACUGGUUACAUUUAUGUAUUUCAUCACUAAAGAUAUUUCAACUGCGAGAUGUCUUUCAAGAUGGCGGCAUUCUGAUAGAUUUGCCAGAGAUGCUGGCUGUAACGGCUCAUUUCAUUGGUCGACAUUUUUAGACCGCGUUUUUUCAUUGGUGUUAGACUUUUCUUGCCAGACUUUUUCUCUAUAAAUAUAAGUGUGUCACUGGAAAAACCUUAACCUUCACGCCUACGUAAAAAAUAUUUUGAGCUGUUUACAUCAAAAUUACCAAUUUGUGAUGUAUUGCUAAAGACUACUGAAUCAGUUAUUAAGUUAGUAAAAACUUCCAGCAAUCUAUAUUGCUCAUUACAACCAUGAACUUAAAACUGUGUUGACUUUAAUUUCUUCCGCCUGCCAUUACUGACUUAGCACCUACGGGUGUUACAAGUGGUGUCAUACCAGUGGGAUCACCUUAUAGGAACCCACACGGCUAAUGAAGAAUUAUCGCGUACUACUUACAAAAGAGUGACAUAACAUUUAGAAUGUAAACAAAAGUAUCAAAGUACUUGAAGUACAAAGUAAACAAUUAAAAAAAAAAAUAAUAAAAGAAGAAAAACAGUAUCACAGUAUGAGCUUAUCACAGGGCCUAUAAAUAACAAUAGCAAUAAAUAUAUAAACAGAAAUAAGAUCAAUAAAUAGAUAGAUAUAUAAAUAUAUCAAUCAAAAAAUAGUAUUGUUACUAGAAGUAAGCAUUAAAACAAUUAUAGAAAACAAAUUUAGAAAAAUCUAAAAGAAGAACAAACACAACUGAUUAUCUUUCAUUUAUUUGCUGAUAAGUAUGGCUGAUUCAGACAGUGAAGUAAAUUUCAAUAUAAACAAUCAAAAUGAGGAAGAAGCAGGUGGUACUGCUCAGUCUCUGGAACCACAAGAACAACCUCCAUCUCCAGCUUCAGUGAUGAAUGCAGAGGAAAGUGACACAGAUGAUGAUGUGCCACAUCUUUAUGAACCUCAAGCACAACCUCGACAAAGACCCGCUAUGAGAGAACAACCAGCGGUGCCUCAGAACAGAAAUCACUCAAACAGAUCAAAUAUCAGGUAUUUGGAUCUUCCAGUAAAUCAACCAGGUCACUAUGAGGGCCAACAGCCAAAGAAUGGUCAUUUAACAAUCAAACCUCAGUGCUUCAGUGGUGAGGAAGACUGGGAAGUUUACUUGCGUCAUUUUGAAGUAUGUGCUGAACUUGGCCAGUGGACAGAUCGUGAGCGAGCAUUAGCACUUCUAGCCAGCCUGCGGGGUGAAGCUCAGAACUUUUCUAUGACAAUUCAUAGUGCGGAGAGGGAGAGGUACUCAGACAUAGUGUAUCACCUUAGCCAAAGGUUUGGUAAAGCCAGACAGCAACCAAUGUGGAUGACAAGGUUCGAAGCCCGACUUAAAGGUCCCAAUGAAACCUUUGCUAAGCUUGGAGAUGAUCUGCGUCGUUUAGCUCAGCGCGCUUACCCAUCCAUGACCCAUGAUGCCCAAGAAAUGAUUGCGCUUAACCAACUGUACAAGUCUGUUCCAGCUGAAAUAAAAUUUAAAUGUCUUACAGAACAAUGUCGCAGUGUUGAACAAGCAGUAGGUAUCAUAGAAAUGUAUGAAGGCGUCUUCUUCCCAACAGGUAACAUGUCACAAUAUGCCACAGCUAGAAUGGUGAGAAAUGUAAAUGGUACCGGGAGUGGUCAAAACUCUGAGGAGGCUGCAAACAUUCCAUCAGCAUCAAUGAUGACACAGACUCUCCAACAACUCCAGGACUGUGUUAAGAAGCUUUCAGAAGCACAAGAUGAGCUCAGAAGCAGACGAGGUAAUCGUACUCUAAAGCAAUGCUUUCAAUGUCAGUCUCCAGACCAUCUCAUUAAAAACUGCCCUUACAACAGACAUGGGUUCCGUCAGGCAAAUCAAAACCAACAAAGACGAUGGCUAGUGAGACCUCCUCAACAGAACCAAGUGCCACAACCCAACUCUCAGAACCAAGGUCAAGCAACUGUGCCACAGAAGAGCCAGGAAAACACCAGGCCGUCGACCCAGUAGGCCCACAGUCGAUGGCGAGCAAUGGGCCUGAAACUCCUGAAAAUGAAAUAAAAACAAGUUAUGUCGGUAAAACAUUUAAAAACACUGAAAAAUGGGACAAUGGAUUUUAUACAGGUGUUACAAUUUCAAAUGUUAAUGUAGAUAUGCUUAUAGACAGUGGUUCUUCCACAACCCUUUUGGCUAAUAGAAUAUUUGAACAAAUUGAAGCAGGAGUUAGGCCAAUUUUGCAGAAAGGAACUAUUCGUAUGAAAGAUGUUACUGGUUCUGAA